AUGGCCGAACCCACCAGCAACGACGCCAUCGCCGUGGCCCAUAAAAAGAGCCAUCUCUUGCGCUCACGGGACCUCUUGUCCAGGGACCUCUUGUCUAGGAAACCAACGAACCCCUGCCUCUCCUUCUCGCCCAGGACAUUAGGAACCGACGGGAACCUUGCCCAGGCCGUCUGCCAGGCGGCCUACAAUGGUGCUGUCUUGGUUUAUGCACGGAACCAUGCCCUCGCGGGGGCUCGAGCUAAGGCGCUCGAGGGCACACGAGAUCAUGCUGCUGCUGCCGCCGCCCUUGUGGCUGCCAUCGACAGGGCGGCCGGGGAGACCGCCGUCCUCACCUGUGCGACUGACGGCACCGUCGUCGAGGCCCUGCUUGCCUAUCCCAACCGCGGCCGCGAGCUCCUCCGCAACGCCCAAGACUACGCGCGGCGUAAGUCGUACGAGCUCGCGGGUCUCCUGGGGGUUAACGUCGACUGGCCACCAAACUCUCAACUCCGUUCGAUCCUCACCCUGGUUCCCGAACGCGAGAAGCAAAAAUGA